GCAUGCUGGCAGGCGUGAGGUCGCGCGCGCUCUGCUGCCGGCCCGCGCGCGCUCGAGCCGGGAAGACGCAGAGGACUGUUGGGGGCCUGGAGGAUGCAGCCGCACCCCUGAGCCCCGCGGCUUCGGGGCCGUGGGUCCCAGCCUCUGCGUGGUCGCGUUAUGGCCCCUCUCCCUCGGACGCUUCCCCCCCAAUCACCACCCCCGCCGUAGCACUUUGGUGCCACAGAUACACCGCGUGUUAGUGAGUUUGCCGUGUGCACUUCUGGGCUUGGACACAACGUGAGGUCAGCAGUCUGCAACAUGGAAGUGGCUCUCACCGAAGCCUGACCCUGCUGGUGCCCUGAUCUCGGACUUCCAGCCUCCAGAACUUGCGGGCCUGGGGUGCCACGGAGCUGAGCAGUCCUUGCUGGGAGCCUGAAGCAAACAUGGAUCAUGAAACCAUGGGCAACAUUGUCCUGCUGGCCAUCGUCACCCUCAUCAGCGUGGUCCAGAAUGGGUUCUUUGCCCACAAGGUGGAGCACGAAAGCAAGAGCCAUAAUGGGCGGACCUUCCAGAGGACGGGGACGCUGGCCUUUGAGCGGGUCUACACUGCCAACCAGAACUGUGUCGAUGCAUACCCCACCUUCCUCGUCGUGCUGUGGAGCGCCGGGCUCCUCUGCAGCCAAGUUCCUGCCUCCUUUGCUGGACUGAUGUACCUGUUUGUGAGGCAAAAGUACUUUGUCGGCUACCUGGGGGAGAGAACACAGAGCACACCGGGCUACAUAUUUGGGAAGCGCAUCAUCCUGUUCCUGUUCCUCAUGUCCCUUGCUGGGAUAUUCAACUAUUUCCUCAUCCUCUUUUUCGGAAGUGACUUUGAAAACUACAUCAAGACGGUCAGCACCACCAUCUCCCCUCUCCUCCUCAUCCCUUAGCUGAAUUCCGGGUGGGUGUGCUCAGCUAAUAAAUACCUAGAAGCCGGCAUAACGCAACCCUUUAAAAGAUGCUGUAAAUCUGAUGACCCUCUGGGCUUUGCAGCUUGAGCGACCCUAGCUCUUCCUGGAAGAGAAUAUCUUCGUGUCAGCUCCACCCCCCCGAACGUGGUGGUGGCCCCAGAUUUGCCAUUCAGAUCCCUUCUGUGUGUUUCUUGACUUACCCUGCUUUGUGAAGACGUUUUGUGACCCAAUUUAUGUCUUCCUAAAAUAAAAUGAAGACACAUAUU